GUAAACAUCCCCUGGGUCUGCACUCUCUGGGCAGAUUCUCUGGAGUGAUGCCAGCCACCGCUGCGGCCCCUCCUGCCCAAACACGGCUCCGUUUUAACGUCUGUGAAUGAUGUUCGAUUGACUCCGAACUCGCUGACGUGGGGCAGCCAUGUCCCCAGCAUGUGGCUCGAGGCCUCGCCAUGCAGUACCAUUUUACACAUUCAGUGAUCAGUAUCUCACAUGCUGUUUGUCCCUGUUUGUUUCACCCUCCUUUGCCAGCGUUUGUUUCACCUCUCUUGUCUGCAUUCUCGUUUGCCCACUUUUUGUUUGCCCACUUUUGUUUCACCCUUGUUUGCCUGUGUUUGCUUUGCCCACAUCCAUUUGCACCCUCUGUUUGACCCGCUCUUUUGCCCUCUUUGUACCAGGUGGGAGCUUCCCGGAGGAGUCAGUCUGCCCAUUCUGCUCCCAGUGGCGCCAGCCGGACAACCACCACGUGAGGGUCAGGCCAAAGCGAAAGGCCUCACGCCGGGUGCAGCAGCUCCUGAGAAGAGAGGCGUCACGGCGCCAUUUGAACCUGGAGCAGACGAGGGUCCUGCGGAAGUUCCAUGGUUCCCGGAGCAUGCUGAUGGCCACAUGUCACACCUGCCACAGGAAGUCGAAGAAAGGUGGCGCAUUGCGAAACUUUUUAGCGUCUUUAUCCAAAAGCCAGAGCACUCCCGAGGGCACCGGCAAAAACAGCUCUGCAAGUUCGACCCCUAGGAUCCUGAGCAAAUCAGCUUCGGAACUCUUCAAGUCCUCCAGCAGGAGCACCCCCUUCAGGACGCCGCGGUCAGCGUCCACCGAAUCGGGCAUCUCCCCCAAACAAGGCAGUGCCACGUCCUCCUUCUCCCGUCUCAGGAAGCUGCUGAUCAAGGGAGACACUCAGACGAGCAAAAAUGGCACUCUAAAGGACUUCCUGUCCUCUCUGUGAGCUGCGAGAGGAAGGACGGGCUGCUGGGGUUCACAGCCAGGUGCCGGCCAUGGAGACGGCUGUCGCUUUUAAUACGUCCGAGGCUCAGAAACAUCAGAUAGUCUUACGAGGGCAGCCCGCAGAAUAACCUCCGGUGAUCUCGCCUCGUCUCACUCCCGGAGAAAAGGAGGGAUUCGGAAAUAUGAAAAGAUGAGUUGCCUGUAAAGGGAUAUUUAUGUUCCGCUUUCUGGAUGUUUAGGUUCCUGUUAAAGCGAAAAGUCCGCAUUUUACCGGACGUGUCCUCUAAUGCUGACUUUACAUGUUGGCUUCUCUAAUGUGUAAACUAACUCUUCUGUCUUAAAAACAGAAAGGCUUGGCUUUCUGCAAUAAAACACUGUUUUUCCAUUAUGUUAGUCUUUUUGUAACACGUUUGUUUUACCUCUUUUUUUCCCUUGGGUUUAAUAACAGGAGUUUAACGAAACGUAUUAUAAAAAGGCUUUUUGGAGUAUCUUCGGCUGGCUGGACUAUUUAUUGCACUCGAGUUCUAGCUUAAAUAUCCCAUUUUAUAUCAAUCUUUUUCAGUUGCAGUACGUGUAUUUGCAGUGGAUAACAUUAUGCUGGUCUUUAUGGAGUAGAUAAUUAUUACAAAAUAAAAUGCUGUGUUUUGAGUUCUAUUAAAUGUAAAUAAAGAAGUUAUUGAAAAAUA